AUCAAAGUGAUGGAUUAGUUGUUAAAAUCAUGUACAAUGCAGUGACUAUCAAUCAGAAUCUUGUAUCUCACUUUACUGCUGAUAAAAAGUCAUUGAUCGAACCACUACGUUUGCUUAUUCCUUCUAGUUAUCCGUCUUGCUCUCUUGUCAUUCUGGACGAAUUGCCGUUGAAAGUCAGUGAUGACCUGAGAGCUCUAUCUGAGAGAGCAAAAGAAAAGCUGAGAUUUAAUCUUUGUAGAAUGGAGGAACCACUGUUGAUUAAGGAUAUAGCAAGAGUGUGGGAAAGGUGUGCUAGAGAAGCAAUUCUUGAUUAUGCACAUGCUAAUGAUGGUGGAACUUUUACCUCAAUGCAUGGAGGUUGGGAGGUCUAUUGAUUCAUUCUCAUUUUUGCUGUUUGUUUCAGCCGG